AUGAGACAAUCCUGGACAUGGACUACUGCUAAUCGUUCUUCCCCGGUGAGUGAGUUUGUCUUUGUGGGCUUCUCUGAAUUGCUGUGGAUGCGGAUGCUCCUCUUUGUGCUGGUUCUCUCCAUGUACAUCGUGUCGCUCGCUGGGAAUGCCGUCAUCACCACCACGAUCAAGUUGCAUCCUGCCCUCCAUACACCCAUGUACUUCUUCUUGACCAACCUGUCGCUGUUAGAAAUAUGCUACACCACAGCCAUUGUUCCUAAGAUGCUGGCCAGUCUGGUGUUGGAGCAUGGAAAGAUAUCUUUCUGGGGCUGCGCUACCCAGAUGUACUUCUUCACCCUCUUCGGCAUCACAGAAUGUUGCCUCCUGGCGGCCAUGGCCUAUGACCGCUAUGUCGCCAUCUGCAAUCCCUUGCGCUACAGUGUUGUGAUGAACUGGUAUGUCUGUGCUCAACUUUCAAUAGCCUCAUGGUCAGUGGGGUUAAUGGUAGGACUGGGACAAACCAAUUAUGUGUUUAGCCUGACCUAUUGUGGGCCUAAUAGGAUCAACCACUUCUUCUGUGACAUCCCACCCCUCCUGAUGUUAGCCUGCGGCGAUACCACAAUGAAUGUCAUUGCUGUAUAUUUGGUGGCUCUCCUUUUUAUCACUGCUCCUUUCCUUAUGAUCCUCAUCUCCUACGUGUACAUCAUUAACACAAUUUUGAGGAUGCCAUCGGCCGAGGGAAGGCGUAAAGCCUUCUCCACGUGCUCUUCUCACCUAAUUGUAGUCUCCCUGUUCUAUGGUUCGGGAAUUAUCACUUAUCUUCGGCCUAAGUCUAACUACUCAGCAGAAAGCGAUAAGCUGUUGGCCCUGUUCUAUACAGUGGUGACAUCCAUGCUAAACCCCAUAAUCUAUAGUUUGAGGAACAAGGAGGUGAAAGUAGUUCUGAAGAGAAGAAUGGGUAGUAAACCAUGCUUUGGAGAAUGUAAAAAAUGA